CCACCAUCCAAACACCCCUUACUCCUCUCUCUCUCCUUUUUCUCUCAAACCUCCCAAAUCGCUGAGAGACUCUCCUCUCCUCCGAUCCCUUCUUCGUCUUGGUUUAUGAGCUCGAAGGAGAAACCCACUCUUGGUGGUACGCGGAUUAAGACCCGCAAACGGAAUAUUGCUGCUCCCCUGGACCCUGCAGCAUUUGCUGAUGCAGUGGUCCAGAUUUAUCUGGAUAAUGCUGGUGAUCUGGAACUUGUUUGCAAGAACCUUGAGUCUUCAGACCUUAACUUCUCACGCUACGGUGACACUUUCUUUGAGGUUGUUUUCACUGGAGGCCGUACACAACCAGGCACAACCAAACCUGAUGAGGGGGAGCGCCACCCUUACUCUAUAAUAGACUGUGAGCCUAAGCGUGAAGUCAUUCUGCCAUCUGUGAUCUACAUACAGAAAAUUUUACGUCGGAAGCCUUUCCUCAUAAAGAACCUUGAAAAUGUUAUGCAAAGAUUCUUGCAGUCAUUGGAGCUUUUUGAGGAAAAUGAAAGGAAGAAGCUUGCAAUUUUCACAGCACUUGCUUUCUCCCAGAAACUUUCAGGGCUGCCACCAGAGACUGUGUUCCAGCCCUUGCUCAAGGAUAAUCUUGUUGCCAAGGGGCUAGUCCUUUCAUUCAUAACAGACUUCUUCAAGGAGUACCUGGUUGAUAAUAGCCUGGAGGAUUUAAUCGCAAUUCUGAAGCGAGGUAAAAUGGAAGACAAUCUCCUGGACUUCUUUCCAUCUGCAAAGAGAUCUGCUGAGGGUUUUUCCGAGCAUUUCACCAAGGAAGGGCUGACGCCCCUGGUUGAAUACAAUGAGAAAAAAUUAUUUGAGGUGAAACUGAAGGAAAUGAAAUCUGCUGUAACAACCCAGAUAUCUGAGAACACUGAUAUAUCUGAGGUCAUAGAAACUGUGAAGCAACAUGUUAAAGAUGCUAAAUUACCUGAUAUUGAAGUUGUGAGGAUGCUUUGGGAUGUAAUAAUGGAUGCUGUUCAGUGGUCUGGGAAGAACCAGCAGCAGAAUGCUAAUGCGGCUCUGCGCCAGGUCAAAUCAUGGGCAGAACUUUUAAAUACCUUUUGUACCAGUGGAAAACUAGAGCUGGAACUCAUAUACAAAGUUCAGAUGCAAUGCUAUGAGGAUGCCAAGCUGAUGAAGCUGUUCCCUGAGAUCAUAAGGUCUCUCUAUCAGAAGGAUGUGCUUGCAGAAGACACCAUUCUUCUCUGGUUCCGCAAAGGAACGAACCCUAAGGGCAGGCAAACAUUUGUCAAGGCCCUGGAACCCUUUGUGAACUGGCUGGAAGAAGCAGAAGAGGAGGAAUAAGUUGGACCUUGUUGCCCUGGUUUUAUUUGCUUGUAUCAAUUGUUGAGGUGUCCUUUGGCAUAAGAUAUCUGAAGAUGUUUGACAUUUGGUGUGACAUUGUGAUGUGAACAAAUCAUUGGUGGGAUUUUCACCUGCAAUAAUCAGUCACUUUAUGCUAUCAUGUGCAUGUUUCUUUUAGCUGUCUUUUUAUUUAGUAUAAAAAUUUAUGUUUAAA